AUAGUAAAGAAGUUGAAGAAGAACUUCCUAGUAGCCUUCUUGUUAAAACCAGUCUGAAAAUGGUAAAAAUUGAUCCUAGUAAAUUACCAGAAAAAUUAUUAAAAAAACAAAUUUUGUUACUGUUGAAACUAGG